CAUUGUAUAUACCGUAGCUCCGUUGUAUGGGUUCAUUUUUAAUGUGGUACGUCAUGGGGAAUUCCUAGUUGUUGCAACACUGGGUUAUUCCCAGUGUAAACAUAAUCCUAUACCAAUAACCAUGCUCAGUGUUCCCAGUGUAAACAUAAUCCUAUACCAAUAACCAUGCUCAGUGUUCCCAGUGUAAACAUAAUCCUAUACCAAUAACCAUGCUCAGUCAUGUCAGUGUUCGUGUACUCAUCACCACAAAUGUACAUUGUACUUGGAGCCGUUUUACAGAUGAUUUACAUGUACAUGUAGACUUUAAUUGAAAGCAGAAAGGUUGUCAGCGUGUACUGGUUCAAGAAAUAAAUUGUGGUUUCAAGUGGUUUUCGAAAGGUCCGCUUUGGCACCCUGGAUCCGCGUAAGAUGGAGGACGUUACAAGCUCGGUGUUACGUAAUGGAUGUUACGUGAACCCAUGGACCACGUGGAGGGAACUGUCUUUCGGCAGUGGUUUGAAGUUCAUGUGCACGCGCAGUGAAAGACUGCCUUCUGCACAGGAGCUUGAUCAAAUUCUACCCGUGUUGACCCCUGACUUUAGUGCCCCACCCAGCUCCGGCAUCAAGGUGACAUGGCUCGGGCAUGCGAGCCUCCUGGUUCAAUUCGACGGAGUCUCCAUCCUGACCGACCCCAUCUUCAGUAGCUUCUGCGGGCCGGCUUCCCUAGUGGGCCACCAGCGCUACCGACCGGCGCCCUGCACCGUCGAAGAGCUGCCCGAGAUCCACGCCGUGGUCAUCAGCCAUUCUCACUAUGACCACUUGGACCUACCGACGGUGAAGCAGCUCAACAACCGCUUCGGAAGGGACCUGAGAUGGUUCGUCCCCAUCGGUUUGAAGGACUGGUUCACCGAGACCGUAGAGGAGGUUAUCGAGCUGGACUGGUGGCAGGCGAACUGCAUCCCGUCCCACAGUAAGGUCGCUUUCACCUUCACCCCAGCCCAACACUGGUCCGGGCGCAACUACUUCGACUGGAACAAGAGUCUGUGGGGGAGCUGGUCUAUCAUUGGACCCAAUCACAGCUUCUUCUUUGCAGGAGACACGGGUUACUGCAAAGCAUUCGAGGAGAUCGGGCGGAGGUAUGGCCCAUUUGACUUGGCUGCCAUCCCCAUCGGAGCUUACAAGCCUAGAGCCGUCUUGGGCCCCCAGCAUGUCGACCCGCCCGAAGCCGUGCAGAUCCAUUUGGACAUUCAGGCGAAGCAAUCCGUGGGCAUCCAUUGGGGAACGUUCCAGCUGGGAUUGGAGGGUUACUUGGCCCCACUUGAGGACCUCAAGAUUGCCCUGGAUAAUGCCCGUCUGACGGACCAGGACUUCUUCACCUUGAAGCACGGGGAGACCAAACUGUUGGCAGAAGAAGAGGAUCAAAGAGGAGAGUGAAUCCACCUAAUGAGAUCCCGAUAGCCACGUUUUUGGUUAUGGCUAAGGACAAUGGCGCUCUCAUAACGCACAGCCAUGGUCAAAUGAGACAAAAUACUCAUUGAGACAUGCUCUUUAUUGACACAUUUGGCUAUGGAUAUGAUUAUGACUGUGGCUAUGUUAAUUUGGUGGUGCUCUAAUACAUGAACAGCUGUAGCAAGAUGAGACAAACCUCAUUGAGAUAUGGCCUGACACCGUGACCAUUAUCGACACUCUCACUUGGCUAAUAAUGACUAUCGCUGUAGUGGGGCGCUUAUAAUGCAAAACCAUAUCCAAACUGAAACAACAAAAUUAUGCAUUCAGACACACCCAGAAACACUCCAUCAUUAUGAGCACUUUACCCACUCAGAUCCUCCAGGAGUUCUAGUAGGAUUUUUAAGACUCAAAUAUUUUUGUCUUUGGAAAAAAAGCUAUGGUUUGCAAAUAAAAUGCCCGUGGUGCUGUGAAGAAGGUGCCGUGCAGAAAUGCCCAGGGUAGGGUUAAAGUUCAUUGCAACAGUGAUGAUAUUCUUGAAAAUGUACGCAUAAGCUCUUUGAUUUUUUUACCCUUGUAGGAUACUUUUGUCUGAACCCAAAAGGCAUUGUUUGCUCUUCAUGCAUUUUGUUCUUUUCCAAUAUUAAUACCACUCAAAAUCCAGAGACGAAUGUUCAAAACCUGACCUGUUGAAGUUUCAGCUCAGUGGAUAUUACACUUUCUAUGAAAACAGUAAAAAAGAAAAGAAAAAAAAGAAAGCUGUUGCACAACAUUUUGAUCAAAGAACAUGGUUUUGUCCAUAGAGUCUCUGUAUUUCCUAAAAUCAGUCAAUUGACUGAGCGUUGCACAUCACCUACAUUUCUUGGUUUCACAUUGUGUGUAGUGCUGGUAUUAAUGCAAGUUAGCUUUUUGAUAAAUGUUUGA